AUGUCCGUAUUCUGUUUCAAGUCAUUCUUCGUGUUCUCAUCUGAUAAAAAGAAGGCGUCAUGGAAUUCAUUAGAAGAGAAGGUGCAGAGACAAGUCAUCGAAUAUUUGACGCCGAAGGAGAAAGCCGCCAUGUCCCUCACCUCGAAAUCAAACUACGCCGUCGUCAAAUCAGUGCCCACUGAAAUCUACUGUCUCCAGUUCUCCCCUUUCCGUUUCAGUUCGAAAAGUGAAGAAAUCUUUGUAUUUUUCGAUGAAGACACUCAAAACUCAUUCCAAUUCAUUCGAAUGGAUAAGGAUGUUCGAUUUGUGGAGAAGCAUGGAGAAGUGGAAGUGAGGGAUAAGAUUUUCAAGAAGAGAGAGUUCAGAGAGAUGGCCGAUGAUUGCUUUCAAGGAUGGUUGAUAGGGACCAGGAUUCGUACUUUGGAUAUUAGGGGCGACUACAAUGGAAAACUACCUACAAGUCUAGAAGUCACCAAUUUCAGUUUCUCUGAUAAGUACAACCGCCCAACAACUGCCAUCCCUGCUUGGCUAGACAUCAUUGUAGAGGGAGCUGUCAACUUCUGGCUAAUGUCUGACCAUUGGGACAAGAUUUUGACCCAUCGACAGUUCUCCAACCCGCUAUCCACUUGCAAACUAACCGGUUAUGACGGUAUUGGUCAUGAGUAUUUGGAGGGUGUCCUUUGCAGACAAAUCCACUUGAACAAUAUCAGAGAUGAGGGAUCUUUCAACUCACUUGUCCAGAAAUGGGUGCGGGGUGGGUUCCCAGUGACAUUCGAAUGGCUGGAGGUGACAAGUGUAACCCGCCCGUUGAGGACAGAGAGGUUGUUGGGAGAUAUCAGAGUUCAGGGAUUGGAUGGCAGGAUAUUUGAGGAGGCUGACAAAGAUAUCCAAGAGAAAGACUUAGUCGAGUACUACCUAGUCUUCGGUGACAACGACCGUUAUGGAGUGUUCUGUGGAAUCGACAACUAUGCCAGAUUCUCAGUAAUCAAUCAGUCAUUGGUAGAUCAAAUACCACAACUUCAUGUCUAUUUGUCGCCGAGAGUUGUUGUUGUUCCGAAACUGGAGAAUCAUGAAGUUUCGAAAAUAGUUGCGGUGGAGGAGGUGUGA